AUGUCAUCCGCACCCAGCUUUAUGCCUCCGAGCACAUCGGACAUCGCACCACAGUUUACCGGUAUUGCUUCAGAACUACUACCCUUCUUCCACGAAGUUGUGCAAUUAGCAGAUCUCGUCGAACUAUCGGAUCCGGCUCACAUCAAGGCAGCCCUGCGGUACACAGAUAGGGAUGAGGCAGACCUAUGGACCUAUCAGGAGGAAUCACGUGGUGAUAACUAUGAGGAGUUUGCUAAUGCAGUCUUGCGAUUUUACCCAGAAGUCCGGGGUACCCGCUACUAUCGACAGGAACCAGUUGAAGUCAUCAUUGAUGAAGCAUCGGAAGUUAAGUCCCCCACACCUGUUCCAUCCACUGAGGUCCCUGCAUGCAUCACGGAUGAUCCGCUCCCUGAGGAAUCUGUCCAUGGGAGCGACAUACUCGAUCCCUCUACAGAUAAAUCGACUUUUAUUGAUGAACUAUCAUUCUUCGAUGACAUUGAAUCCUCCGCUAUUCCGCAGGCAUCGGAUAGCGGAUCCGAUACUUACCCACAGAUCAUUGCACCACUAGCCAGCUUGACCCGUCCGCUUAUAGACUCGAAUCCAUCUGACAGAACCACACAUAUUACUACCGAUUCCGCUUUAUCCGAUUUUCCAUCAGCCGUUUUUACAUUGCAUGACCCUAGCUCGCUCCCAGUACUCCGUGUAGUUACUGAGGAGGCAGGUGUCAUGGAUGUUGAUUUUCCGUCUGCUGUUUUAACUGUUCCAUUCAUAUUGCAGGUUCCAUCUAUUUUACGUCCGGGUCUCUCAAGGAGACAUCUCGAGUUUAGUUCCACAUUUCCAUCCAAUGAUUUUCAGGUCAUCCGGGAUGUUCCCAAUGAUCGCAUGGGGUUAUUAGCAUUGUACUCGUGCAGUCAUCCUAACGAUCCACAUCAGAUAGAAUGUAGUUCCAACCUGCAGUUGCACGAAGCCUAUCGACCCGUUACCCAUGUCUCAUCCACACUUUCCACACUUCAGAUAGCAUUGAUCCGAACCCUACCGGGAACCACACAUGCUGCAAUCCAAGUACAAGGCGGACCUCCAUCGCAUGCAUCCGGACCUUCCAAUACAACCCGCCCCAAUACAUACAAUACAGGGAUACAUCCGGACGAGCGGAUCCCUCAUAUAGCACAACAGUCAUAUUGGUACCAAGUUCACCCAUCCGCCACACCCAUCAUUCCCAUUGCCCCUCAUCAUCAUGCAUUGAAUCCGGAUCGACAAACACAAGAGUACAUCUCACUGGGUACUAGCCCGCCAUCGGAAUAUAACAUCUCGGACCCAUCCGUGACCCUAUCCAUCCAUGACCUGAUCCACCAGUUACCCGUCCAUCAUCCGCCCAUUAUCCAUCUGUAUCAUCUAUUAUCCGUAUUGCCAUAUCGUCCAGUGAUCCCUCCCUUGUUCCGUUCUCAUUCCACUCUUGUUCCAACCAAUGCACCCGUCUGA